CCGUUUUCAAGUAAAACGUUUCCGCAAGACUCAAUGUCCUAUUGUGGAACGUUUGACCAACUCUUUGAUGAUGCACGGCAGAAACAACGGUAAAAAAUUGAUGACAAUGCGUAUUGUUCAACACGCUUUUGAAAUCAUUCACUUGCUGACUGGUGAAAACCCAUUGCAAGUACUUGUUAACGCAAUUAUCAACUCUGGACCUAGAGAAGAUUCGACCAGAAUUGGUAGAGCUGGAACAGUCAGAAGACAAGCUGUUGACGUUUCGCCAUUGAGAAGAGUAAACCAAGCUAUCUGGUUGUUGUGCACGGGAGCAAGAGAAGCGGCGUUUAGAAAUAUUAAAACGAUCGCUGAAUGCUUGGCUGACGAAUUGAUCAACGCUGCAAAGGUAAAGAAACAGUUUGUCCCUUAAGAGCACACACCAGAAAAUCUUUACCUUACAGUAUAAGUUAGAAGUGAUGAAGGGACUUAGAUUUAUACGUACUUUAUAUAAAGUUCUACCGUCAAUGAAGUUUAAAUAGCCAUUGAAGAAAAUUUGAAAAUUAUCAAUGAAAAACCCUAUAAUACUAAUAUAAUUUUCCCACUAUGACAAAUAUUUGUCAUAGAUUAUUUUAUUAAAAGAAGUUGAAAAAACUUAGUAACAUAGUAACUAAAACUAAUUUCUAGAAAAAAAGAUUAAGGUGUGCCUGCCCUUAAACAAAUAGACAGUUUCUAUAAAACAAAAAACGAGGAUAUAUAUAUUUAUGAUUUUUAAUAAGCUUUUAAAAAUGAACAGGGUUCGUCAAACUCGUACGCCAUCAAGAAGAAGGACGAAUUGGAACGUGUCGCCAAAUCUAACCGUUAAAGUGACAUAUUCGAUGCGUUUGAAUACAUAAAUGUUUGCUUGUGAACUGAAUUUUUUUGUCUUAAUUUUAUCGCCAACUCGCGUGUAGUCUCGCUUUUUUUCUCGUAUUUCGCGAGAUUUAGCAGACGAAUUAAACGGAAUGAUAAAAUGGGAUGCGAUUAUCAGAGUUUGCGCUUUUUCGAUGAUUUAAUUCGGUCUUAGCAGUUUUGCGCCAGGCAAAUAAAGGCGAAAGAAUGUUAACUAAAAGGAUCCCUGGGCCAGAGCUGAAAAAUACUGCGUAUCUAAUAGGUUAUUGCCAAAAGAAUGACCGUUCUAGAUUGGGCAAUCAAUGCUUGCGUGAACGUCUUAAAAGUGCUAAAAAUAUGUUCAAAAAGGAUUUAAAAUCUCACUUUGGAUGCGUGAAUGCCUUGGAAUUGUCAUAUAAUGGAGGAGAAUAUCUUCUGUCAGGAGGCGAUGAUAGACGAGUUCUUCUCUGGCAUUUGGAAAAAGCAAGCAAAAUCUCAAAUUAUAAGCCACUAGUAAUGAAAGGCCAACACGAUUCAAAUAUUUUCUGCGUUGACUUCGACUGUUGCAACAAGACUGUAUUUUCGGGAGGGAAUGAUGACCAAGUUAUUGUUCACGACAUUGAAACGACGGAAUCAAAAAAUGUUUAUCUACAUAGGAACCCUGUUUAUCGGAUAAGUACUCAUCCUGACAUUGAUUCGCUAUUCUUAAGUGCGGGAGACGAUGGUCGAGUACUAAUGUAUGAUAUGAGAGCUCCCGAUAGCGAGGAUCCUUUUGUCCUCGCCAACUACACUAAGCCUUUUCAUGGUGUGUCCUAUAAUCCUGCAGAGCCUCGUUUAGUUGCCACGGCUAAUUCUGAGGAAGGCGUUCAACUAUGGGACGUUAGGAAACCGCGGACUUGUCUAUUGCGUUACGGUGAUGGAAUGUCAAAGAGAACAGCCAUGAGUGUUUGUUUUGACAAAUCUGGUCGUCGUAUGCUAGCUUUGAGGCGUCGUCUUCCGGCUGUAGUUUAUGAUUUAAAUUCAGAAACAAAUAUCUCUGAAUUCUCUCAUCUUGGUUAUUUUAACUCAUGUACAAUGAAAAGUGGUUGUUUCGCGGGCGAUCGGGAUGAAUAUGUUAUUUCUGGAUCGGACAAUCAUAACGUCUAUGUUUGGAAAAUACCCUCAGAGACUGGAUUAAAUAAUGAUAAGAAAAAUACAUUUUCGGAAGCUCAUAUGGUUCUUCACGGACAUCGUUCGAUUGUCAAUCAAGUUCGCUUCAGCGAUCACGAUCACACCAUCUACUCUUGCGGUGUUGAAAAAAUUAUCAAACUUUGGAGUCUAUUUCAAAUAGAGCCAACCAGUACCAUUGAUACGGACGAAAGCAGGGCCAGAACUGCAUAUAGUCAUCAAGAAUAUAUUGAUUUAAUACUUGAAUCUAGAGAUUCAUUCAUAAGCCAUGAUUAUACUGCCGAAUGCACAGAAGAAGAUCCUAGAAUGAUGGCUUUUUUUGACUCUCUAGUUCAAAGGGAAUUGAAUGAAGAGAGCAUUUCAUCAGAUGAUGAUGGACAGAGUAAUGUAAUUUUCCAAUUUGAUAGUGAUGACAUCGACAGUAUCGAUGAAUUCUACCAAAAUGGUUUACGCAGCAGUCAAAACGAUGAAAGUCACGAGGAUGAUGAUGACGAUGAUAAUAAUAAUAACGAAGAAGAUGUAGAUGACGUGGAAGAAGAAAAAGAAGAUGAUGAUGACGAUGAUGAAAAUGAUGAUGAUGAUGACGAUAAGGAGGAUGAUGAUGAUAAUGAUGAUAAUAAUAAUGAUGAUGAUAAUGAUAAAGUGGAGAGGAUAAAAGAGGAAGACGGACGAGAUGAAACAGAGAUUAGUGACAACAAGAAAGAAAAGCAAAACGGUAGCGAAAGAGAAGAUCAGGAUGAAAAGGGGCGGCGAAAUGGAAUCGAUCAUUCAUUAACUAGUCAAGUGAAAGAUGAAAACACAAAUGGUCAACAAGAAGACAGUAGCGAUGAUAGUGAUGACGAAAGGGGUGAUGACAAUGAUAAUGUCGAUGAUAAUGAAGAUGAUGAAGACGACGAUGACGAAGAAGAAACUUUCUUUGAAAACAGUAGUCGAGGGAAACAUAGCAGAAAAAAGAAGACAAUUAACGAUAUAAUAUGUGAAAGGCAAUUAAGUAAAGCAACAGAGAUAAAUCCUUAUCAAAAUAAACUUUUUACGGAUAAAAGGACGAGCGACGAGAAAAUAAUAAAUCCUACUGCAGCGACAUCUUCAUCUACAACACCAAAAGAUUCACAGAAGAUUGGUCAAAGAUUAGCAAAUUGGAGUGUUGAUUUAAAACGAAAGCGAAGUCCUUUUGAAAUUGAAUCCUCUGAAGAUGAUUCAAAGCAAGAUAACCGAAACUUUAACAAACUAAAAAAUAUAAAAAAUCCAGCAUUUAGGAAAAGGAGGAAGAUUGCAAAAUAUUUAAGGGAGAGACAUACAUCUAGCUCGGAUGAAGGAAAAAAUUCAUAAUAAUAAUAAUAACUAUAAUAAUAAUAAAACAAAGAAACCUUGACCUCUAUCAAUCACCAACGUAAUUGUUUAUAUUUGUACAUAAAGUCUACAUAUACUGUAUUUAAAUGUACAGUGUGUGCAUAAACAUUGAUUAACAAUACGUUAUUUAAUUGAUUCUUUGCUAAUUGAGUAUUAAGUUUAUGAAGAAAACAAUAACUGAACUCAUUGAAUGUCGUUGCUGGAAGCAAAAAGGGAAAAGAAAUAAAAGGAAGAAUAAAGAAAAUUCUUAGUGAAUGAAUGAGUAAGCGAAGGAAAGAAAGAAUGAAUGAACGAAUGAUUGAAUGAAUAAAAUAUCGAACUAAAGAAAAAGAAAAACUGAUAAAAGCAGUUUAGUUUAUAAUAGUAAUAAAAAUAAUAAAACCGCCCCCCUCCUUCCCUCAAAGAAACUAGGGACGGAAACUACAAAAUUACAAAUAAACAAAUAAGAGACCUUAACCUCUUUUAAUCAACAUUAACCUGUAUAUAAAAAUUAUAAUUGAAGAUUGGAAGGUACGUUGAAUGAUUAAUCAUAUACAUCAUACACAUUUACAUUAUCAUAUAUAAUAUAUGCAGAUACUAUAUACAUUCAUAUAUAAAUCCUUUUAGUGUAUGAUUACGGUGGUAUUAGGAAUUUGAAUAUGUAUUGUAUAAGGAACAUAAGUAAAAAAGAAGAUAAUAGAAUAAUAGAAAUCGG